UAUUAUUUUUGUUUCUCUAUCUCUCUAUCAAUCAAACACUCGACAUUUAAACAAAACAAUUUAAUAAUAAUAAUAAUCGUUUUAUUUUUUUGAAAAUAUUUUCACUUUUGUUUUCUUCAAAUAAGAUAACUGAAAGAUAUCUUAGUUUGCUUUGGUUUAUUUGUUUAAAGAAACAUACGAGGAACCCGAGUCUCUCCCCUAAUCCCCCUCUCUCUCUCACACACACGCACACUCAUAUCUUUAUAUGUAUAUGUAUAUGUACUUGUAUAUGUUGACUUUACAAGGAAAUUAUGUAAAGACAUUUGGUCAAGUGAAACCAAGCUCUGAUAAUUGAACAUUCUUCGUUAUUAACAGAACGAAAGAGGAAAAUAUAAAACGAAAAGAAAUCACGAUAAACGCAGUGAAAAGAAUCACCGAAAGAAAGGAGAGAGGGAGAAAGGUGAAAGGAGAUAGAAUUAUUGAAAUAAUCAUAAAAAUAAUUAUAAUAACAAUAACCAAAAAAGAAGCGGCAACAAGAGCUGCAUCUUUCUGUUUUCAAAUAAAAUUCUUCAUGCAAAUAACAGUCGUAUUCCACUAAUAAACCGAGUUAAUUUCGGAGUGAAAAGUGUAGCGUCAUGGAAACACCACUUCCGGAUACAACAACGUUUCACAAUGAAUCUACUGUGGGAAAACAAAUAUCACUAUCUCUACAGAUUACCUUUGGCAUCACUUACGGGAUUAUAGCUAUCAUCACACUUGUGGGCAAUUUAUUGGUGCUCAUCGCCGUUUUAAAAUUUCAACGUCUUCAAAUUCCAACGAACUACUUUGUGUGCAGUCUUGCUUUCGCUGAUGUGACAGUCGCCAUUUUAGUGUUACCACUGUCUUUAAUUUAUGACCUUACAGGUGGAGAAUGGUGGUUCGGUUGGGUGUUUUGCUACUUUUGGCGGUCUUGUGACGUCAUGUGUUGCACAGCAUCUAUUUUGCAUUUAUGUUGUAUUUCUCUAGACCGCUAUUGGGCAAUCACUAAGCCGUUUGCCUACACCAUGAAAAUGUCUAAAGGAAGAGUAGCUUGCAUGAUCAUAACCGUCUGGUUUUGCAGCGUUUGCAUAUCGUUCAUUCCGUUCUAUUUAGGCUGGUUCACCGACGAUCCAGACACACUAUAUACAGAUACAGGCAAAUGUGAUUUAACAGUUAAUAAAAUUUACGCUGUACUUUCUGCAAUGACAUCUUUUUAUAUUCCAUUUAUCGUCAUGGUAUUUUCAUAUGCAGCCAUUUUAAGAAUUGCGAAAAUACAGGCAAACGCCAUAAAAAAGAGCAUCCCCAGACACAGUUAUACCGGUGGUGGCGGGCAAGAAAAAUACGAAUCGGCGGCUAGUGAUAGAAAAGCACUGAGGACCCUCGGAAUAAUAAUGGGGGUGUUUAUUGUUUCUUGGUUACCGUUUUUUCUAAUGUAUAUAAUUAUGCCCUUUUGUUCUGAGUGUGAAAUAUCUCCGAUGGCAAUAUCGGUUAUUACAUGGCUUGGUUAUGGCAACAGUUGUAUGAAUCCUGUUAUAUAUGCAUUUAUGAACAGGGACUUCCGUCUGGCUUUUAAGAAACUUCUCACUUGUUCUGUUUCAUGAAUUUUCAUUUUAUAUAUUUAAUUAAUUUGAUUGACUCAAUAAUUAUUGUACAUUUUUAUUUAGUAAAAAAAAAAAAAAUAUUUCAUAUUUUAUAAAGAAAAAAAUGCAAACUUAUCCACGAAGAAUCUUUGAAAAUUAUUUAUUUUAAACCCUACAUUUUAUUAAAAGGAAGACACGUCUUCUGAAAAAUAUGGCUCCCUAAUGCCAUGGUCUCUCGCAUGCAAAGCUCUUCUGUGAUCUUCGAAAGGACAUUUUUCAAUGUAAUCUUCUUCAAAUUGCACAAACUUAAUUCUAAUGUAUUGUAUAUGAUGUCUUGAAAAGAGAGAAAAGAAUAACAAACUAGUCUAAUAUUUCAAAA